GCGUUCACAUCCGUCUGCACGGAUGCAGGAAGGUGGGGGGCUGCCGAUCUGCAGGCCCCCUGCACACAAGGGUCUGCAUCCAGCAGGAAGCCGUUCUGCACUGCAAAGCAGAAGGGAGCCCUCGACAGAAGAGAUCCACCCUCACCAGGGUGGGGGCCGUCGGAGGUGCAGGACCAAGGGCAGUGACGACCAGAUGGUCUGGUCCGGACAUGCGCGCAGGGCAGGCCUCCAGGUGAGCACCACCCUGCGUCUGCACCCAGCCAUUGAACACCCCGGGGCCACCUCAUUGUGUGGUGACAACAGGGAGGCUGGACAGUUAAGUGACGGUCUUGAGGUCACAAGGCCGAAGCCCUGGAGCUGGGGUGGAACCUACACCGGGGAAGGUGGAGUCAGCAGAGGGCGGGGCCCUCUGCCUGGGGUGCUGGCCCUGGAGUCCCAGGGCAGUGCCAUCCAGUGGGGACACACCGAGGUCUCCCCAAAUGCCUUGGGAACCAGCAAGCCCGCCUCGGGGUUGACACUUCAGUUUUUUCAGACACCAAGCAGGGCAGAGGCCCCUCCUGCCCGACCAGCGGCCCCGCACUGGCUGCCGACGUGUCCCGAGCUCCUGCUCAGCGCUGCCCGCACCGUGGACUCCGGCUGCAGAAGUUCAGAGCUCGGCACCACGGUUCAGGAGCCGCAGAGGCUGCUCGUGGGGACAUGGUCCUCAGACCCUUGUCCUCGGCCGGAGAGGCCCAGGCUCCAGUCCAGCUCCGGCGCGGACCGUUCCCCCGGGCUCAGCGCCCGUCUGGUCUGUCCAGGUGCGUCGGCCUGGGUUGUCCUCGACCUCACACGGCACCGAGGCGGCUGCGCCCUGGGGUUCCCCCGGGCAGGUCCCACCCGUUCCCCCAACCUCUCCGGGCUCGGGCUCGGUGUGCGCGUAAGCAUGAUGCGGGUGCCACCAGGGAAGUGCUCGGACGUGAGAUUAAUCGCCGUGGAGACCUGCUGCUUUGCUGACACGGCGCUUGUGCGUAAGUGUGGCAAAGGUCAACUGUUUGUCCGGAACCAGGGAAACCGAAAGCGGUAA